AUGGCCAAACGGGAAGACGGCACCCCGUGGUGGGCGGAUUUCCCCGAGCCGAAAUCAAUCGCAGCUCGAGUUGACCCAGAGGACGUCUUCCGGCUGCUCCAGGACCAACAGGUCGCCCAAGGGAGGCAUCGGGACUUCCUGCUGGUGGAUGAGGGCAUCAAGAGGGUCGUCUUUUAUUGUGGUUCUUCCCUCGGCCGUGGUCCCCGCUGCGCUGCUUGGCUGCAGGACUAUGUAAACGAAGCCGGCGGCGAUCUGAAGUCGGAAGUUAUGGUAGGCGGCGUUCGGGGCUGGGUCCAAGCUUACGGCGGCGGUAUGAUGGACGGAUAUGACGAGAAGGCGUGGCGGCAGGAGAGGUAG